AUGGCGGCUCGCAUGCAUGCGAGAGACUUUGGAAACAAAUUUUGGAUUUGCAGAAGAGGGUUUUAUUUAAAGGAGAUUAAAAACCGUUUGUUUCAUUCAUUUGGACUUAAAGACAUUUUGCUCAAGAGACUGAAAGAUAUGAACAUCGAGAAACCAACAGCCAUUCAAGAAAAGGUUUGUUUAGAAUUUGCAGGCGCUGAUUAACCUACUUUGAAUUCUGUUUCUUCAUUGGUUACCUUUCGCUUGGUACUGUAGGCUCUAGGAACUGUUAUGGAAGGAAAAGACGUAGUAAUCAAUGCAGAAACUGGAAGCGGCAAAACACUCUGUAAGUAAAACUGUGAAACUCUGUAAGUACCUAUAUGAGUGUACGAAGAUGGGUACCCUGGGAGCAGAGGCCCUUCGAUCUUCCUAGAUAAGUCGGGAAGAGGAAGGGACAUAUUCCACGAGUAUUCACUCUUCCCAGUGGAUUUUUCACGGCUGUUUCAAAUACAUCCUUCGAAAGAGAAACGUCAGAAACGUCCGCCAUUGUUUUGAAUUCUACGAGUUUAUCAAGUGUAUUGUGGGCACAUAUUUAGUCAGCAAUUUCUAGCGAAGCACAUGCGCACUAAGCAAAAACGGGAAAAACUGGUUUCAAACCGGACUGACUCAUCCGUUUGGUGGAUGAGCAGCAAACAAGGAAGGUCGAGGUGGCUGGCAGAGGUCCCUUUCCUCUUCCCAACUUAUUUAGGAAGAUUGAAAGGCCUCUGCUCCCGGGGUAGAAGAUGAGUGUUUCAAGCUGUAAAAUACAUCCAUCUCCCAUGGCUUCCUUUUACUGGGGAUAUUGACAAGAGUUGUAUGUGUUUUAGCCUCAAAAGUUCCAUAAAAGAGUGUAAUUACCACAUCAACCAAUCACAGCUCCUAGGCAGAGUUAUGCUGUCAGUGUGGAAUUUUUUGGGCCAAAAUGGAGACGUCUCUUAUGAAACGUCCCACUGAUGGGAAGUCAUCAAAGGUAGCUGUAUUCAAGGGCUAAGUUAUAGUUUUGAGAUCUUUGUUAAUAACUUUUACAAGUGUCACUGGUUAUACUUCAUUUACAGGUUACUUGCUACCCAUUAUAAACAAACUGCUUGUUGAUAAGGAGCUGCUUUCCCGGCCACCCUAUGCUGUUGUUUUGCUGCCAAGUAUUGAGCUGUGUCACCAAGUAAGAUACUUUCUUAAAACCUCCUUGAUGAUGAUUUCUGGGUUGGUGGGAAAUAGACUCCAUAAUUUUUAGGGGGCAUUCUGGUUAAAAGCAUUGUUUUUUGUGUAGUCAAGAUUUCUAUAAAUGACUCUAUUAGUUUGGAGUCCAUGGUUCAGUAAUAAUUUUUUGAGAAUUUUGGAUUAUGUUUCGAAUGCUUUUGAUAUAUACAAAUUGGGGGGCAGUGUUUAAUUGGCAAAUUGGAGAAUUUUGGAUUUGGGGGAUGUUAAAAUCUAAACUAUGAAGUGAAUAAUUAGUAGACAAAUACCAGAUAGUCCAGCACUAUAACAAUACCUUUUCUACUAAUUUAUUUCCUUCCCAAAUCAACAUCAUUUCCCCAAAAAACAACCAGAGUGCCUCCUUAAUGGUUUAUCUUGAGAAGGAAAGGGUUAGCUGACUUGUACUUAUAGUAAAGUCAAAUCUGUAUUAAGCAGUCAUCCUCUAUUAAGCAGUUACUUACCAAGGAGUUUCUUGGUAUUGCAGAAACUGUUGUUGGCUUACUUUCGUGUUGUGGUGUGAUAUUGUCUGUUGUCUUUUUAAUCUUUUGGUAUUAUGUCAUUUGGUGAUUACACCCAUCAACAACACCAAAAAACUACCGUUACCAAAGCCUAGGAAAUGAGUUUCUCUUAAUUACUGUAAAACUAGCUUUCUUGUACUAAGUGCCAACUCUAUUAAGUGGCUGCAGUCAUCUUUUAUAAGGUCUCUAUGAUUUUGUUUUAUUGUCUUCACUCCAUUAUAAAAGCAACACGCCUUACUGGGUACAAGACUGACAGCAUUGAUUUAUGUUAUCAUUGUAGGUUGCCAGUGUUUUUCGUAGUCUAGCACAUGACGCACUUCAUCCAUGCAUUGUUCACAGAGAGUCCAAACUUAUGGUUAACGCUAAUUAUCCAAUUAUAGUGGCCACAGCCAAUUCACUGUGUAACUACAGACUAAGCUCUCUGAGCAAUGUUCAAGUUGUGGUUAUUGAUGAAGCAGAUCUAUUACUGACUGGUGGAGGAGAUAAUCUAUGGGAAAUCCUUAGCUUUUUUAAGGGUGUUGACAGCGUGAAGGCCAAGAAGAAAAAGAGGCACUUAGCAAGGCAACAAAAAGCUUCCAGACAACGUAAUGCUUUUGAUGAUGAGAAUGUUACAAGUGACUCACCCAGACGAACAGAAAUUAAAUUCACUUCUGAUGCUAAAAGAGAAAUUUGUCAACCUGAGAUGACCUCCACACCACCUCCAAAAAGGCAAUUUGUUUUUGUCGCAGCCACAUUGCCCCAUCAUGGCCCAAAAUCUGCUUUCAGUGUGCUGAAAGACUGGGUUCCAGAAGCAGAAUUUGUGUCCACUGAUUUAGUCCACCAAAUUUUGCCCACAGUGGAUAUAUUUUAUGUAUGUGUACAAGAAGCUGAAAAGUUGCCUGCAUUAUUACAUUGCCUUAACAGCCUUGCUGGACUGAUUAAAUACCCAUUUGCUCAUGCUGAAAAGAAAAGUAAUGAGAAAAUGGAUUUCAAAUUUGAGGAAAGUCUUGAUUUUAGUUCUGAUAUUUCUUUUCGCAAAGAUAAAGCUGAGAAAAUGUAUCUAUCAAACAAAAAGACUGAAGUCUUGGAUGCUCACAAAUCAAAGUUGAAGGAUCAAGCCUUGGAAGAGAGUGACUUUGCAACAACAUCCUUUGGAAAUGUAAGUUGGGAAAAUCUCAGGGUAUUAGUAUUUGUAAACUCUGCAAGAGCAGCUGAGCAAGCCUUUAACUUCCUAAGUGAUCCUGGAGAAGUGGAGGAAAGCAACUCAAUUUCUUGGAAACAGGGAACUAAAAGUGAUGAAAGUUCAACUACAUGGCAACCUGAAGACAAUGGUGAUGGUAGCAAAAAAGAUGCCCUUAGUUAUUUUGUGACACACACUGGUAGCAACGACAUUUGGAUUGGACGAGUUGGAAUGAUUCACAAAAAGCUUCCUCUUUCUCAGAGAAGAGAAACACUAAACAAGUUUAAAUCGGCUGAGCUGAAAGUUUUGAUAUGCACUGACCUGGCAUCUAGAGGAUUGGAUAUUCAGAAUGUAAGUCAUGUGAUUCAGUUGGACUUUGCUCCCAAUGCUGCGCACGUGCUUCAUCGGACAGGACGGACAGCAAGGGCUGGUGCAGCAGGAAGAGGUAAGAAUCCAUGUUAA